UCAGCUGGUGCCUCUUGCGUGACGUCUAAUCUAAUGGACGGCGCGGGACGCUUCUUCAACAACAGCUACUGAUUCAGCCAUCUUUACAGCUAGCUAGCCAACAUAACACCGAAACAUUGGAGCUCAUUGACCAUUUUUUGGUGUAUAUUAACCUCCGUGUUUUAAACACACCAUCUGCUUAUUUACUAUACUUCAUAAAAUGUCAUAUUUAUGUUGUCGGUAAGAUUAUUUAUUAACUUAUUGCCUAGUAACGUUAGUGGGCUAUUCGCUAAUGCUAACUAGCUAGCUAACAUAUUCGACCAUGAGCUUGUCCCUUGCUAAAGAAGAGCAGGUCUGCUGGACAGAGAAAGAAGCUCUCGUGAAAGAGGAGGAGGGAGAGGAGGCUGUCACAGUUAAAAAAGAUGAAGCUGAUACAUUGAAAGAAGAAGAAGAAGAAGAAGAAGCUUUCAGAGUGAAAGAGGAGGAUGUUACUGUGAAGGAAGACUACGAGGAAGAGGAAGAAGUUUUGGGAGUGAAAGGGGAGGAAGAGGCGACGACUGUCACAGUGAAAGAAGAGGAGGGGGAGAUUACUGUCACAUUGGAGGAGGAAGAAGAGCAGACCGGAGAUCUGAUUAACACCCGACAACGCUAGCCCGCACCCUUCCGCCCUCCCGGAAUCCCGGAGUCGUGCCUCUCCGAGUAGCGCCUUACUGCUGGGUCUGAAGAGGGUGUCUGUGCGGCUGGUCGACUGCAGGAAAACAACGGAGCUGAAUGGAACUACGAGACGAGGAGGCAAAGAGGAAGAUUUGACUGAUCAAAGUAAAAGACUGCUGGGUAUGAAGAGGGUGUCUGUGCGGCUGGUUGACUGCAGGAAAACAACGGGACUGAGUGGAACUAUGAGACGAGGAGGAAGAGAAGAAGAUGAUGAGUGAGAUUUGACUGAUCAAAAUAAGUAGGAGGGUUAUGUAGGAGCAGAAUGUGUUUACUUUGGACUUCAACCUACACAUUAAUAAUAUGAAGAAGCAGCUGCUAUCCUAGGAGCAUGAAAAACGACUCAUCUCCUGGUGGCACACAACAUUUAACAUAAAAUGUUUUUAUAAUAAAUAUUCUGCACUAGCAUUUAAACAAAAUACAAAUAUUCUGACCAUUAUAAAUAACUUCAUUGUGUCGUAGAUCUUAAAUAAUCCUUAAAAGUGAUUAGGAAGUGGAAUCUGGUCCAGUGGUGAGAAUCCUCAUUCAACAUAAAGGUGAUUAGGAAGUGGAAUCUGGUCUUACAGGAAGUACAGGUCGUAAAAACAUUGUCUUGAGGCACCAUGACACGUCAAGACACAAGAAAACUAUAUUUAGGGAAUUAUCUUCAAUACAUUUUCUAAGCCAACUUUUCUGGACCUCUCUUGCCGACAGCUAAAGGGAUUCUUUACUUUACGCUCAGUCUCUUCUCUACUCAUUUGGCUAAUCAGAGAACAGGCUAAUCAGGGAACAGCCUAAUCAGAGAACAGGGUACUCUGAGAACAGGCUAAUCAGAGAACAGGCUAAUCAGAGAACAGGCUAAUCAGAGAACAGGCUAAUCUGAGAACAGGCUACUCUGAGAACAGGCUACUCUGAGAACAGGCUAAUCAGAGAACAGGCUAAUCAGAGAACAGGCUACUCUGGAAAAAAAUGUUAAUCAAAGCUCAAUCAUUGUCCUCAAGAUUACAUAAUGAUAGGAUUCUACAUAACCGAAUAUAAUCAGAACUGUGUGUGUGUGUGUGUGUGUGUGUGUGUGUGUGUGUGUGUGUGUGUGUGUGUGUGUGUGUGUGUGUGUAAGGUAGAGAAUCCGGUACAUGUGCAGAAGCUUCAGGACAUUUUGCUGUCGGGAAGAGGGUUCCGGAACAGUCGGAUCUGUAGCCUCUCCGUCGUUUAUAUAUUAGUGGUUUGAGAGAGAUACCAUAAAAUGUUUUCAGACACAUUUGGAAGACAUGUCUUGAUACAUAAUCGCAUCUUAAAAAUGUAUUUUUUUUAAGUAUCUAUGUCUUGAAGCGUCUCAAGAUUUCUCAACUUGUGAUGGCUGGGUACGUAGGUUACUAAACGAUCAGAAACAUGUUUUCGCAGUCUUCACUUUGGGCUUCCGUAGUCUGACUGUGACAGGUGGCAAUAAAGUGAACGACGACGGUGGGAUGAACGUA